AUGGGGGUGACCGAAGUGUCUUGCAAGGGCAACCUGGAGUUGGUGAACCCUUGCCUAGGCAAGACCAACAUCACGUUCACCGAACUUCCAGAUCUACCGCCGGCGAACGACCCUAUGGAAUUCGUCUGGGCCGUGGUAAAUUCCGUGAGCAAUCUGUUCGCCGUGGUGCUGGUGGGCGGCAUCCUGGCGGUGGUGGUUCCCCUGGUGGGCCUGCUGGUCCUGACGUGCCGGUGCGUGUGCGGCCUAUGCGGCGGCGGGUCGGAGCCGGAGACCAAGGACGACCUCGGCAAGCGCAACACCUGGGGCUGCCUGUUCACCGUGCUCUACAUGCCCCUCAUGCACGCCCUGUAUGUCCCGGAUGAAACGCUCCCGAUUUCGACGCGCGCGCGCGGCGUCUCUCCCGUACGAGCCAGGGUGCUGCUGGUCUGCACGAUCUUCUGCGUCAACCACCUGCCGUCGGCGAUCAGCAGCCUCCAGGAUCACGCCAAGUUCCUGGCCGAGAAAGCACCCGGAAUACUGUGGCAACCCCUGAACGACACUGGCGUGCUCGUGAAUACCAACUCUGACGAGUUCCAGACGGCAGUCUCUUCGCGACUCGAAGCGUGCGCCGUCGACGUGGGCGUCGCCGUGGAUCAAGCGCUAACCAACUCCCCGCUGCUCAAGUUCGUCAGCACCACUGCGCAAUACCUGCAGGCUGCGGACCCUCUCGCGACGAAGCUCGUCGACGCCGUGGAGCAGCUGAGGGCGAACAUGAGCGACCUGUGGCGGCAGCACAUACACAAUGCCUCGAUAGAGCUCCAGCAGGCCGAGACCCGCUGUCCGGGCUGCGUGCCGGCCAAGCACAAGCAGCAGGUGGACGGCUUCAAAGCCGCACUCAACCAGGUAUCUACUUCCGUGGACCAGCUGAAGACACUGAGGGACAAGAUGAAGAGUGCCAACCUACAGCAAUACGUCGACAAGAUCUCUCAAGGCAGUCUCAUCAAAAUUAUGAUCCAGGCCAAAGCUAUGGACCUCAAGAAUGCUAUCGGCAAUUUCCUCGACGUCGGCAGAAAACUGUUCAACUUGACCGCCAACAGUUUCAUAUCCGCCACCAGCGUCCGGCUGCAACAACUGAAGACCUACGAGAACAUUGAAUUUUCCGACACGGUGAAAGAUAUCCAGUCGAAGUACUCGCUCGGCACGAUCGGCAUCGUGGUGGGCAUGGCCAUCGUCUGCGCCCUCUACACGAUAGCCAACCAGUGCAGCUGCGCGAACCAGCGCACCGGCCUGUGCAGCCUGCGGUCGGGCAGCUGGUUCCUGUCGGGCGCCGUGUUCUUUUUCCUGCUCGCCUUCUCGGUGUCCAUCGUGGCGUCCUCCUUCGGCGUGGUGGUGGGCAUCGGCAUCGAACGUGUCCUCUGCCACCCGCUCGAGCAGCCCACGGCGCCCGAGUGUCGCCACAUGCUGGCGUUCGUCCAGAAGGCCCUGUUCCCGGUGCGUUACGUCACCUGGUUGGUUGGCACAUGA